AUGGCGGAGCCGCUGUGGCGAACCCCGCCGGGCCGCCUGGCCCCGCCGCACGUCUAUCGCAUGGCGGGGGCUCUGGGCGCCGAGCUGCGCCGCGUCUCCGCCCGCUUCGGGCCCGAGGCCGUGGCCGGGCUGGUGCCGCCCGUGGUGCGGCUGCUGGAGCUGCUGGAGGCGCUGGUGGCCCCGGCGGGCGCCGAGGCGGGGGAGGCGCCGGCCGGGCCGCAGGAGGCGGAGGACCCGGAGCAGAGGCUGUGGGAGGCCGAGCGCCGGGAGCGAGCCCUGCAUGGCCGCCUGGCCUGCCUGGAGGAGCAGAACCGGCAGCUCCUGGGGCAGCUUGCGGAGAGCCAGUCCCAGGAAGACAGCACAGCACGGAAGGAGCGGGAGGUGAUGCUGCGGCUGAAGGAGGUGGUGGACAAACAGAGGGACGAACUUCGCGCCCAGGCCCACGAGAUUGUCUGCAAGAGCCGAGACACGGAGGCGCUGCAGGAACAGCUGCACCGCUUCAUGUCCAUGAACGAGGACCUGCGGCACAAGGUGGCCGUGGUGCAGGCUCAGCUCAAGAGUGCUCUGGAGCAGAAGGCGGACCUGGAGGCUGAAAUGCUGCAAAUCCAGACAGAAACGAGCAGGAGGAGCAGGACAGCCCAGGAGACCCAGCGGCCAGAGCCCAGCCUGGAAGGAACCCCAUCACCCACGGAGGAGUCACAGCACCAGGAAGGGGACAGGAGCCCUGCUCAGUGCUGCUUCUCCAAGGAAGAGCUGCAGCAGAUCCUGCAAGAGCGGAAUGAGCUCAAGACCAACCUGUUCUUGGUGCAGGAGGAACUGGCCUAUUACCAGCGUGAGGAAGAUGAGGGCUCCUGGCUCCCAGCUCAUGGCACAGACUGUGUGGAUGCUCAGCCUUCUGAAUCCAGAAUUAGGAGCUUUUUUGGGCUGUGGUAUCAGGGCAGCAACAAAGACCCCCCCAUAUCCAGCUGCUCUGGCACCUGGGAGAUCAUCGACUCGCUGGACACAGAGGUGGAGCCGCAGGGAGAGAAGGAGCCGGCAGCCAGUGCCCCCAACAGAGCCACGGCACCCCUCUGA